GAGCCGCCGGGACUCUGCUCCGCCUCCGCUCUGCCGUGACAUCAUGAACCUGUGGCUCAGCGCUCACUUCCUGGUUGUGGGUCUGUUUGUGUGCAGCGCAGCGCCGACACCUGAGGAAUGUUCACAGCUGGUCUCACCGCUGUCUGUGGACAUCGGCUCCAAGAUGUUGGGCAGCUGGAACGUUCUGGCUUGUUACACUGAAGGUGAAUUAUUCAACUACUUCCUGAAUCUCACUGAAAGCUCGAGGCUGAACAUCACCAACAGCAGCGAUGGUGGAGUCGAGUUCUCUGAGUUCAACAAGAUAGGGGGACAAUGCAUCAGCUCGGUGGCGAAGGUGAAGAUCCACGGUGCCACGGCAACAGUGUCCAUGAUGAACAUCACGUCUGUGUUCCACGUGUUGUCGAGCAGCGACGACUCUCUGAUCUUCGACGUGAACAGCACCAUCGGGAACAUGGAUCAGAUGAUGAGCUUCAUGAACAUCACUGUCCCUGGAGUUGAGGGGACGACGGCCCACACUGUGUAUCUGAUGGGCCGGGAGACGACGGUGAAGGAUUCGGACCUGGAGCGUUUCAAGCAGCAGGCGAGCUGCCUGGGCUUCUCCAGAGAACCAGACUUCCACCACGACCUGAAGAACGGUUUCUGCACCGAGGAGGAAUCCGUCAAGUUGAAGUUCUGAAGUCCAAACUCAACGGUCGUCAAUAUUUCAGACUGAGCAACAAGAAGUAAAGACACAAAUUCCUCCAAACAUCAAA